AUGUUUGCUGCGUUCAAAAAGAAGAUAAAUCCAGCAGGUGCGAGUUCGGGCAGUCUCGAUGCUCGCUCACCACGCCCAGAGCCUGUUUCGCCCAAGCUGCAGGCAAAAUUAAGCAAGGGAAUAUCGACAAAUAUGAGAAUUCUCGUCAGCGGCCGAAGAAAAUCAGGCAAAUCGUCUCUCCUUAGGCGUCUCAAAGGGCUGCCACACAGAGCAGAAUAUACUGAAACUAAGGAGCCAGUUGCGGCAGUCUCUGUAAAUUGGAAUUACAGAGCUACUACAGAUGUCAUUAAAGUCGACGCAUGGGAAGUUGCAGACGAGAAUUUAGAGUGUUAUUUACAGGGCUCAGCUGCUGUUAUUCUGAUGUAUCAAGCAACUGAGCCGUUCGAGAUGGACUUUAUUCUGAAACGCAUUCCUGACAUUCCCCGUAAUUUGCCCGUCCUUGUUCUAGCCAAUUUCAUCGACGCAGAAGAAGCUGAUGUCGACAAAUGCGACGUUGAAAGAUUACAGAAGCUAUCUGAAUCUCGAAUAGCUCCUGUUUACUUCUGCAAAAGCGCGAUGACUUCUGGAAGAGGGCUCAAUAUGAUCUACCAAUUCUUCAACAUUCCAUAUUUAAUUCUAAAAGAGCAGGAGUUGUCCUUAUCACUCGCAAAUACAAAGAACGAUCUAUCAAACUCCUUCAUGUCGAUGCAGUCCCUUCAACAGUCCCAAUUCCGUGUAGAACAAGUGGCUCCUUCGAAUAACCCAGUGCCAGUUUUAAAGACGGACCCAGCUUCUAAAGACCUGCAAAAUAAUUUGGUAAUGGAGGAGGAAGAUGAGAUUUCUGACGAAGAGAUGAUGGUCAACUCGAUCUUCAAAAAGAAAGAAGAUGAAAGUGCGACAACAGAGCUACAAGAAAGAGAAAGACCUAUCGGAAAGUCUCCAGAAGCGCUAGAAAGGCUUUCAUCUGGACCAAAGGAUACAUCUUCUCCUGUUCUACUCGCCCCACUGGCAAAAGAUGAUUCGCCUUGUGGGAGUUUAGGAGACACCUCUACAAUCACACUUCAAAGCUUGCCUGAAGAUGAAGAAGUGCAAAAUCGCCCUGCUUCAAGCAGUUUCGAACUUGACUGGAGCCGCAACAACUACCUAGCAUCAGAAUCCACUGAAUCACUUGAAAAACUCAGCAUCAGCCACGGUACCACGCAAUAA